UGAGUGAGCGUUGAGCCUGCAGAGUAACAGCGGGUCGGGAUUGCGUUUAUCCCCUCUCGUCUAUCUGUCUCUCGCUCUCUUUUUUUUUGCUCUCGCAGGUGUGAAGGAAGGUGUCGGCGAUGGCUCGGGGCUGCGCUAGCAAACUGCUCGUCUCUGUGCUGGGAGCCUCCUUCACUUGCUUGUUGGUUCUGGUGGUGGAUCAGCGGCAACCGACGCCUCUACAGAGCGGGCUGCAGCUCCGGAGCCGCUCGCUGCACAGCUGGCAGAGCCCGGGGGAGGAGGAUGGGGAGGGGGAGUUGGUGGUGGUGGGGGUGGGAGAGGCAGCUACAGCUACCGAGCAGCCCCGGCCACAGAGCGCCUCCGGUCCGCAGCCCAGAAGCUUGAGAGAUUACUUCACUGAGCUGAGCCGGGACAGGGACAGGCAACAGGGCGCCGCGGCCGAACUCAAGCCGCUGUUACAGCCCAUUGGGGCGGCUGCCACCCCACUGCCGUUCCGGGACGAUAUCACCAGCGGAGACCUCUUCAUCGCGGUGAAGACCACCAAGAAAUUCCACCGCUCCCGGCUGGAGCUGCUCCUGGACACCUGGAUAUCCCGCAACAGAGAGCAGACGUACAUCUUCACUGAUGGGGAAGAUGCGGAGUUAAAGACAAAGUCAGGCCACGUGAUCAACACUAACUGCUCGGCUGCCCACAGUCGACAGGCUCUGUCAUGCAAGAUGGCGGUGGAGUACGACAAGUUCAUCGAGUCGGGCAAGAAGUGGUUUUGUCACGUGGACGAUGACAAUUACGUGAACACGCGGACGCUGGUGAAGCUUCUGGCACAGUACCCGCACACGCAGGACAUCUACAUUGGGAAACCCAGCCUGGACCGUCCCAUCGAGGCCACGGAGCGGAUCAGCGAUAACAAAGUGCAGCCGGUACAUUUCUGGUUUGCAACUGGAGGAGCUGGAUUCUGCAUCAGCCGAGGCUUGGCAUUGAAAAUGAGUCCGUGGGCAAGCGGAGGCCACUUCAUGAGCACUGCGGAGAAGAUCCGUCUACCAGACGACUGCACCAUCGGCUACAUCGUGGAGGCGGUUCUGGGGGUGAAGUUGAUCCGCAGCAACCUGUUCCACUCUCACCUGGAGAACCUGCAACAAGUCAUGCGAGCUGACAUUCCUAACCAGGUCACACUCAGCUACGGCACGUUUGAAAAUAAAAGGAAUGCCAUUAAUCUGAAAGGGGGCUUUUCUGUCGAAGAGGACCCAUCUCGGUUUCGAUCGAUUCAUUGUGUUCUGUAUCCCGACACUCCCUGGUGUCCCCGCAGUGGCGUUUACUGAUCGCAAACCUCGUCCCAUGUAGACCCCAGUAUGUGAAGGGGUUGUGGCGACCACUAUGUCUGGCUCUUGUGUAGCUGCGUUAAGGCUCGUUGCUGAUUGACAGGCUGCUGUGCGGUCUGGAUGUACCGAUAGUCUUUAGUAUCUCCUCCUGUUCUUUGUCCAUUACGGGGGCAGAGCCAUGUUUAGAUUCUGAUUCUGAACAGGAACCGGCAGAAGGCAAAGAGGCACCAGGGGAACGAGCGGUGUGUGUGUGUGUGUGUGUGCCAUGUGAUUAAAUUUUCUCCCAAGUGUGAAAUUGUAAGUGUUGCUGUUGUAUCAGCGAAUCUUUUGGAAUGUAAGCCAGUCACUCCGUCCAGCCAGUUUUAAACACUUGCUCGCGCUACGAACUGCAGAUGCUGGUUUAUCAAAAAUAAAAGGCACAAAGUGUCGGCACGAUGGCGCAGCGGUAGAGUUGCUGCCUUAGCGCCAGAGACCCGGGUUCCAUCCUGUACUGAGCUUGUACGUUCUCCCUGUGACCUGCGUAGGUUUUUCUCUGAGAACUCUUUUGAGUUUCUUCCCACCCUCCAACGAAGGGCAGGCCUGUAGGUUGAUUGGCUUGGUAGAAGUGUAAAAUAAAUUGUCCCUGGUUGUGGGAUAGAGUUAGUGUGCGGGGAUCGCUGGUCGGAGCGGACUCGAUAGGCCGUAGGGCCUGUUUCCGCGCUGUAUCUCUAAGCUAAACUCAAAACUAUGCGCUGGAGUAACUGAGUGAGUCUGAAGAAGGGUGCUGACCCGAAAAACAUCGCCUAUCCAUGUCCUCUAGAGAUGGCACCUGAUCUGCUGAGUUACUCCAGCACUUCCUGCAUUGUAAACACUUGCUCUUUUUAUUUCUGACUAUCAGACCAUGCAUUAAGAACGAGUUACAUCUAAGCACCCUGCUCUGUUCUAAACCUUAUAAAUCCAGAUGCUAUGCAAUUCAAAGAUGUUUGAAAGAUCUAAUUACAGCUAAUGCCACAACCUGUUGGAACUGACUCAACAACUUCUGAAGUUUGGAACAUUCUCCUGCCUCGACACUCUGAUGAUGCAAAGAGGCUUAAAAAUUGAGAUUUCCUGUCGGGAUAUCUAUUCUUUUACCAUCUGUUCCUUGCUGACUAUGGUGUGGAUAUAAGGCUUGUGUUUAAAGCUGGCUGCUGGAGGCUCCUAGGCAUGGCUUCUGAUUCUUUCUGGGGCCUGUCUGUAUACGAAAGCACUUUUCCUCCCGACUAUUAAAAUCCUAUGAUUAUUAAUGGCACAAAGGAGCUGGCGACUCUCGAGAUAAUUCUCGGAUUAAUUUUGGAAAAUGUGCUGCACUAACACUAAAUGGAUGACUAGCUGAAGAUACUUUUUGUUUUUCUGUAAUUCAAUUGAUAGUAACGGUUAAUAUUUCAAACUGACAUUUGAAAGUAGCUUUAAAACAGUGUUACUAACUGAAAUGCACAGUGUUACAAACUACAAUACACUCCCAUCACUUUGGGGUGGAGUUUCUGCCUCACAGCGCCAGAGUCCCCGGUUCAAUCCUGACCACAGGUGCUGUCUGUGUGGAGUUUGUACGUUCUUUCCCCGUGGGUUUGCUCUGGAUUCCUCCCACACUCCAAAGCCGUGCAGGUUAAUUGGCUUCUGUAAAUUGUAAGAAGUGAAAGUGGGAUUACAUAGAACCAGUGUAAACGGGUGAUCGAUGCCCAGCAUGGAGUCAGUGGGCCGAAUGGCCUGCUUCCAUGCUGUAUCUUUAAACAAACCUUUCAGGCCCCAUCAAGUCUACUCCGCCAUUCAAUCAUGGCUGACCUAUCUUACCCUCUCCUGCUUUCUCUCCAUAACCCCUGACACCCGUACUAAAUUGGCACCAGACAUGUCCUGCACUGUCGGGCAGCAACUCAGCUGAGAUGCAGUGUAGUUUUAUUAUUUUCCUAACUUCCGAACGCACGUACUCCCUAGCAUUCUCACCCGCAAAAAAAAAAUACUAGAAGCAGAGCUAAUAUCAAUUGAUAAUAUUAGUAAUGUAGGAAUGAUAUACAUGAAUUUUUUUUUAAUAUGAUAUGUACCUCCCUCUAAUAAAAAGAUUACUUAAAAAAAAAACUUCCGAAGGCACGAUCUCCCGAGCAUUCUCACCCACACCCUCGAGGCAUAUACUUCCAACGUAUAAGAAAUGUGUUCCACCCCGACUCCAGAUUCAGGCAGAAGAUAAAAAGUCCUAAAGAAACGUUUCCCAUUGAGUUUGUAGCACUUGUAGCAGGUUGUGUCAGUCAUGUUGUGUUAUAUGACUGUGACCCAUACUGGGUUUAAUCUAACAUGUAUAUUUAUAUGGACAGUAUUUACUGUCCUCUUGUGUUGCUGUAUAUUUGAAAUGGUCCCUUAAUAUUCAGAAGCGGUUCUGAUCUGUAAAAACGUGAUGUUUGUAUUUGUUGUUUGGUUUCAUUGCUUCUCUUAUUUAUAUUCCAGCAUCUGGAAACAAAAUAUUGUAAAGCACUGUAAAUAUAAUCACUGAGACUCAGGGAGGGAACCUGAAUGGUUGCAGUGAAAGCUGAUGGGGCCCCAUCCAUCCUUUUCCUUUCUAAUAAAGGAUUUUAUUGCGUGACAUGAAA